AUGGCCACUUUCCGCUUCGCUUCAGCUCGAACUAGCCUGCUAGUACCGCGGGCCCACCAGAACCUCCCUUACCAUUCCUUCUUCAACCUAACUGCAGCUCAGUUGCAAGUUUCCAAAGCCCCUUUCCCAGCAGCUGUGUCGGCGCUCCUACGACGUUCCUUUGUCACUGACCGGAAGCAACCCGAGGACCCAGUCCCAUAUGAGAUCGAAAAUGACCCAGACGGCCGCUCCAGCAUAAAUACCGAGCGGCAUGAGUACUCAAAAUCCGGUUCGGACAACGCCGUUGCGGAGCAGCGGGCUGCAUGGGAUCUCAGUUACAUCACGCCGGAGAUGGUGAGAGAGGCUUCGCUAGACGAGGCGAUGCAUGACGGCCACAAUGAAGCUGCAAGGCGUGGAUGGGUAGAGAAAGGUCCUAGCCGCAGGGUGUCACCCCCGAAGGGGAUGAAAGUUGAUUAUAGUGGCACAGUUGUUAUUGAGAAGAAAGAGACGUUGGUUAAAUUGCCGACUAAGUGA